AUGAAGACUUACUCGACGUCAGGCAACGCUCAAGAACAACUGUUGUCAUGGAAACAUUUGAAGCUGAUUGCAGAGCUGUCAAAAUGUCCUCCUACAAGUCCAGCCACCUGUCGGUACACCCAUCUCUACAAGUAUCGACUGAUAUCAGGACUCUGCAACAACAGGCAAAAUCCUCGCUGGGGAGCAGCCAACACUGCCUUGGUCAGAUGGCUACCAGCUGAAUACGAAGACGGGGAGAGCGAACCAAAAGGCUGGAACCCAGAACGGCUCCAUAAUGGAUUCCAACUUCCCCCGGCCCGGACAGUCAGCAGGGAAAUAAUGACGAGUGCUUCUAAAUGGAAAGAUGAUUCCUACUCUCAGCUGCUGGCGGACUGGGGCCAGUAUAUAUCCCAUGACAUAACCCUGACGCCUCAAAGCACCAGCACCGAUGGGUCAGAUGUGGACUGUUUAAAAACGUGUGAAAAUGUGCAUCCGUGCUUUCCCAUUAAGAUGAAUGAUGGUCUACAAGGCUGUAUGCCAUUUUUUCGCUCCACAUCAGACUGCUUUGUCAAUUUUCAGUCUGGUAUAAGACAAGCCCUGCAGCGACAACAGCUCAAUGCCAUGACUUCAUUCAUUGAUGCUUCUGCUGUCUACGGCCACAAUCAAAAGCUGGAGAGCUUCCUUCGUGACCUUCCUGGCCGUAAUGGAAAACUUGCUGUCAAUGCCCGAUUCAAAGAUCCAAAAGGAAGGCCUUAUCUCCCAUUUGUAACCAAGCUGCCAUCAGCCUGCCACCAAGAUCUGCAAGGGGAAAGAGUUGAAUGCUUCAGUGCAGGAGACAACCGGGUCAGCGAAGGUCUGCCUCUGACUUCUUUGCACACGCUGUGGCUCAGAGAACACAAUCGAAUUGCAGAGGCACUGAAACACAUCAACGGUCACUGGAGCCCAGAGAUGAUAUACCAAGAGACUCGUAAGAUCAUAGGUGCACUGCACCAGAUCAUAACCCUAAGAGACUAUGCUCCAAAAAUCAUUGGCCCAGAGUCCUUCAAACAUUACAUUGGUCCCUACAGGGGAUAUGAUCCAUCUGUGGACCCCUCUAUCGCCAACGUGUUCGCCGCAGCCGCAUUCAGGUUCGGCCAUGCUACCAUCUCCCCAAUCCUCUGCAGACUGAAUGAGAGCUUCCAGGAGGAUGAGCGCUUCCCCCACUUGAGACUGCACAAUACUUUAUUCAGUCCAUGGAGAAUAGUCAAAGAAGGGGGGAUUGAACCAGUCCUGAGAGGCGUAAUUGGAUCUGCAGCGUCAGCUGUUAGCGCAGACAUGCUGUUGGUUGAUGAAGUAACAGAGAGGCUAGUGGUCCUUGAUACACUGAAGCAGAUGGACCUGGCUGCGCUGAACCUGCAGAGAGGACGAGAUCACGGCCUCCCAGGAUACAACGAUUGGAGGGAAUUCUGUGGAUUGCAGCGCAUUAAGACAUUGGAUGAUUUGUCACUGGCCGCGGGAGACUCCAGGGUUGCUAAGAGAAUACUUGACAUAUACAAACAUCCCGACAACAUCGAUGUAUAUCCAGGAGGACUUGUUGAAAGGCUUUUGCCUGGCUCAAGAACUGGUCCUCUCUUUGCUUGCCUGAUUGGAAGGCAGAUGAAAGUGCUCCGUGAUGGUGACAGGUUUUGGUGGGAAGCUGAUGGUGUGUUUACCCAGCAACAGAAGGAGGAACUUUUAAAAUUUUCUCUAUCCCAUCUGAUCUGUGAUAAUAGCGACAUAGGAGAAGUUCCUCUUGAUCCUUUCAGAUUGGGGAAGUAUCCAUCUCAUUAUGUCUCCUGUGAUCAGAUACCCUCAAUGAAUUUGGAAGCUUGGAAAGACGAAAUGGGCGAAGACUUAAAACGGUGUGGCCUUCCUAAACAGAUCAACAAUGGAGAUUAUAUCUUGUCCUCUACAUCUCGAAAACUGGUUGCUCUAUACUCUUGUUACCAUGGUUUCACAUUAAAGGGUGCCGCUGUCAUAGUUUGCAUGGGCAAUCGAUGGUGUAAUCAACCUCCACAAUGUAACAGGGAAUCACCCCUAAGAUGUUAGCGAUGCAACAGAAUGGGAAAUGCUACAUGAGUUUAUAAUCAAGUUCACAUGAUUUUUCUU